ACCUCCAAGUUUUACUUACGGUGAAUUCAUCGAUUUUCCAUUGAUAUAUCAGGGGAAAAUAGUCCCAGCUCAGAGGGUGGUGUAAAAAUGGCGGAAAAUUCAUCGAAAAAACGCAAGCUCCCCGACGAUCUUGAUCUUUUCGACAAACCCAAACAACAGGAAAAACGGGUGAGAUUUCCAAAAGGGAAGAAGGUGAAGCCAGAGGAUCAAGUGCCAGUUGUUCAACUACCAGCUGAGGAGGAGAAGGAUGUCGAGCCCGAGACAGAAGCUCAAAUUGCUGCUAGAGAGCGUGCUUUGCGUCGUAAAAUGAACAUUCCUGCUGAUGAGGACACCGAUAUGUUGCAUGACAUAUCAGUUGCUGAAGUUCGUUACCAGGAUAAUGACACUUUUGUUGAUGAUGGGGUUAACAUAGAGCCUUUUAAUCUUGAGAAAGAGAACAAAGAAGGCUUUUUUGAUGAGACUGGAAAUUAUGUUGAGUACGUCAAUGAGAAACAGAUCAAGGAUGCAUGGCUUGAUAAUGUUGAUGAUACUCAUAUUGAUCCGAAAUUGGCUGGUAAAAGAAUAGAAACAGCUGACGAGGAAGAGAGCUUUGAACUUUCAUCUAAAGAAAUUGGAACAAUGAAGAGACGGAUGGCAGAUGUUCUUCUACCUGGUGAAACUGUUUUGCAAGCUCUGAGAAGACUGAAAGGAAGUUCCACUAGCAAGAAGGAAAAGAUGUCUGCAGAAACAAAAGUAAUUUUUGAUCAGUUAACGGAAGAUGCCAUGAGGCUUAUGGAAAAUGGCGAUUACAAUGUGUAUGAUGAAAAUAAGGAGGUUUUCCAAAGAGAGGCAGAAGGAUACGAAAAGUUAGCACAAUUAAGAGGUGAAGGUACAUCAGUGAAUUCGGAACAGGUUGAUGAUGAACUUGAUAUGUUUGCUGAAGAUGAUGAAAAGGCUAAUGCUAACCCUGCCUCUGGCGAGGGUGAUUUGGUUUCUGGCUCUAAUAGUAAUGGCAACAAUCAACCUUCUGAAAGUGCUUCCUUGCAAAGUGAUUAUGUUUAUGAUGAAUCUUCUGGGUACUACUAUAGCAGCAGUACAGGUUACUACUAUGACCCAUCUUCAGGAUUGUACUGUUCAGCUUCUGGACAAUGGUAUACAUAUAAUGAGGGAACAAUGGCGUGGGAAGAAGUGCAGGGAGGUGAAUCCACGUUGAAUCAAUAGGCUUUGUACUAACAAUCCGAGCUCGAGAAUGUUUUGGUGAGGCCAUCUUUGUUUCUUGUGUGAUCUAAAAAAGGCUCUGUAGGAAAGAUAAACAUGAAGCUAGUGUUUCCUCUAUUUCCGGGUCACGGUGGUCCUUGCUUUAGUCUUCAAAUUUCCAACUGUGUUAAAAUUAGAAAAUUAUGGUUAGUAUCAAGUCUUGAUGCAGUUUGCUCUCAGAGUUUAAGGUGGUAACAGUAGCAUACAUACAUGUGAGUUUAUGUUCAAUCAAAAUUUUGUUUUGUUGCA